AUGGAUGCAUUCAACUCGAUGCCCCAGCCGCCGCUUUCGUCGGCCACUCCCGGCGAUACCAUGGGCCUGGGAUCCGGGGUGGUAGACGAACUCGUCUUUGGCGAAUCCCUCAUGGAUAACACGCACGGCGCAUUUCCCACGCUCCCCUUCACACCGACAUAUGACUUCCAAGAUUUCUCUGCCGGGUUCGAAGACCCUUUCUCCUAUUCAGCCCAGCCGUACGAAAUUCCCGCGCCCGCCGAAGAUCCAAACCAGGGAUCCCCCUCGCACGAGUUGGACAACAAGUUGCUCGGAUUCUCGACCCCUGCGACGAAAGCCGACCUGUUGGAUGAGACGGGGCAGCAUGUGGAUGUCUCCAUGACCGCCGAGCUCCGCGGCAUGUUCUUCGUUGCCGAGGAUGUCUUCGGAGGCGAAAACACCGGACGGCCACUCGAGCUCACAUGUUAUCGACGAAACCUGUGGCAAUGUUUGGGCGAAGUCACGGUGCCGCGACAUGUCGCCAGCGUCGUCGACGAGCAAGGGAACCAAGUGCCGGUUGUCGAACUGUCUGCGUCGAUCAGCGGGAUCGAAUCCAUCGAAGGGAAGCCGACAGAGAUCAUCUCUAUUCCCUGGAAGAGCGCGAAUCCCAUACCGGGGGAGGAGUACCGAGCUUCCAACGCCCCGCCUAACUUCUCUCUGGAUCUGAGCAGUGGACGGGAGGCGGACGCAAGUCGUAUCACGCUAAAUAUGUCGUGGAAACGGCUCCAAUUCAAGCACGCAACGGCCAACAACGGGAGGCGCAAAGGUCUCCAGCAACAUUAUAUUGUACAAAUCAUCCUUCUCGCAAGACCACAGUCGGGAGAUUGGAUUCGAGUUGCCGAAAUCCAGUCUAGCCCCGUCAUUGUGCGGGGGAGAAGCCCGAGGAAUUUUGAUAGUAAGAAGGAUAUUCCCCUGACGGGGGAUAAGAAGUCGGACCGACGGAGUAACUCGGACGCAUCUGCGGCUCCAACUCAGAAGGAUAGCAACGGACAUGCAACUCCCACGGCAAGGCUCACUUCCAUCGGAAGUCGUUUGCAGCAUGCCGGUGACUGGGCGACGCCCCAGGCCUACCGAGGACCAACCCCGAACGGAGCCCAGCCCGCACCAAAACGGCUGGCCAUGUCUCCUACCGUGGCUCGUCCACCUGUUCCUGCCUGGUCCGUCGAACCCACUAGGCCUGCAGUAAAAGCAUCGCUUUCUGGCCCGGCCAACUCGGGACCGCAUCGUGCGGGCACAUCUGGUCCCAUCAACCUGUCCCUGUCCGAGGACGAGAGGAGCCCCAAUAUGUCAAGUACAGACUUGCAGAGCCCCCAACGUUCCAAGGCCGCAGCAGUCGUUGGGCCGGCGUCCAGUCAAAGCCCAAAGGACGAUGAAGACAUGCUAUACGAAUACUUCCCUCUCAGCGUCGAUGAUUGGAUGCCUCCUGUCGAAGCAGUAUACAGACCACAUGUGGUUCACCACACGACCAUGCCGGCAGAUGUGAAAGCGCAGCAGUUGCAAAGCAAAUUAAAGAGAUAUUUCACUGCCGAAACGUGA